GCCGGCUCUUUGAGCCAUCGUCAUAAACUUUCUGCAAUGGCGAUCAUACUUGGUUACAUUGACAUAGGUCUAGCCUUCAUAUUUUUAUACUUGAUACUUCAACGGUGGCUCGACAGGAACGCCCCCGUCAGAAACUGGCCUGUAAUCGGGAUGGUGCCAGGGCUUCUUCACAACGCACGGCGUAUGCACGAAUUUGCCACCGACUGCCUGAGGCAAGCUGGCUGGACAUAUAACGUCAAAGGACCCUGGUUAGCCGGUAUGGACUUCGUAAUCACCAGUGAUCCGAUGAAUAUUCACUACAUCUGCAGCAGAAACUUUGGCAACUAUCCCAAGGGCCGUGAGUUCAAUGAGAUUUUCGAAGCCAUGGGAGAUGGCAUUUUCAAUGCCGACGGUGAAAUGUGGAAAGUUCAGAGGAAAGUGCUGCAUUCAUUGAUCAAGAACGAGAAUUACGAGGCGGCUUUAGUUAGAACCAUCAACAGAAAAGUGGAAAAUGGCUUGUUCCCAAUUCUUAAUCAUGCCUCAGAGCUGAAAACCACGUUGGAUUUGCAAGAAGUGUUUCAGCGUUUCACCUUUGAUAAUAUCUGCAAAUUGGUUUUAGGGUUCGAUCCGGGUUCUCUUUCUGUUGGAUUUCCACCAAAUGAGUAUGAAAAGGCUUAUAGCGAGAUGGAGGAGGCGGUUUUUUACCGGCAAAUCGUGCCGGAAAGUUGUUGGAAGCUGCAAAAAUGGCUUCAAGUUGGAGAAGAGAAAAAGUUUCGUGUAGCUUAUGAAACUUUUUAUAAAUUCUUGCAUGACUGCAUCUCGGUGAAAGGAGAAAGAUUAAGCCGGCGGACAAAAGCCGAUGAUGAGGAGAAAAAAGAAGAAUUUGACUUAUUAACAGCCCUUUUGGAAGAAGAGGAAACCAUAGAAGAUGGAUUAAAAAACAGUGGUUUCACAAUGACUGAUGAACUUUUAAGAGACAUAUCAUUCAAUCUGAUCGGCGCCGGAAGAGACACCAUAAGUUCAGGCCUCACUUGGUUUUUCUGGCUCAUCGCAACUCACCCAUCAGUAGAAUCAAGAAUUCUUGCAGAAAUAACAUCAAAUUUUCAAAAAAAAGGGGACACUGAGAGACUCAUUGGCAGUGCAGGUGAGUUGAAGAAAUUCAUUUAUCUCCACGCCGCCUUAUGUGAAACGUUAAGACUAUACCCGCCAGUGCCAAUCAACCACAAAACGGCGGCGGAAGCAGACGUUCUUCCCAGCGGUCAUUUUGUGAAGAGAAAUGAAAGGGUGUUGCUUUCGUUUUACACAAUGGCCAGGAUGGAGGAAAUAUGGGGAGAAGAUUGUUUGGAAUUCAAGCCAGACAGGUGGAUUUCGAAGAGGGAAGGGUUUGUUCACGUUCCUUCUUAUAAAUUUGUAGCGUUUCAUGCUGGACCCAGAAAUUGUCUAGGAAAGGAUCAGAGUUUCAUUCAGAUGAAGAUGGCUGCCAUUGUUAUCAUCAAGAAUUAUCAUGUGCAGGUGGUGGAAGAUCAUCCUAUCUCGACAAGUGACUCCAUUGUUCUUCAUAUGAAGUACGGGUUAAAGGUUCGGAUUUCCAAGAGAAAGACCUGAUGAAGAGGACGCACGGAAAUGAUCCAUGCAACUAAAAUAAAAUAAGAAGUGCCGCAUGUAUAAUUUUUUAUAUAAAUAAUCACAUAUUAUUAUAUAAUUAAAAAUAAAAUAAUAUUUAAUUAUAUAAUAAUAUAUUAUUAUUAUUUAUAUAUAAAAUUAUACCUUUAAAAUUAUAAAUAAAAUUUAAACUGUGUUGAUGUGUCCAGUUUUCUAUCGUUUUCCAUCUCUUCAGCCUGUUUUUCCAGUUUUUGUCCCACCUCUCUUAAUGGGGGGUCACUUUCCUCUGCACUCGCAUCAUCAACUCUUUGAGAUGUUUUUGACGGUUAAAAAAUGAGAAAGUGAAGGAAAGAAAAACAUAAUAUAAGAAAAAAAAAAAAAGUAUUUAGGGUAAAAAUAUAAU